AUGGACAAGCCUAGUCAUUGGCUUCAGGAUCCGGCUGGGCCUGGCGGCAGUUAUCGGGAGGAUUUUGUACCAUUCACAGGGUUUACGUUUGACAACUUGGCUCAUCGCAUUGUCCAGGCGGUGCGCAACUUGCCUUAUGAGGUGGACGGCAUCAUGACGACCAUGGAUCCUCUAUUGGCUGGUGUAGCCCAGGCUGCAGAAAUACUUGGUCUACGAACAGCCCCUGUUGAGGCUUACCGCCGUUCGACGGACAAGUACCAGACCCGACGACUCCAACAGACAGCCAACGCGUUCACCGUGACGAGCCUCGAUGAGCUGAUACUGCGUCUUGAAAGAGCCCUAGAGCCUCUCACUUAUCCUCUCAUCGUGAAACCCACGCUGAGCCAUGGCUCUCACGGUGUGUCCAAAGUAAACAACGAAACCGAGCUUGUCAAUGCUGUGACUCACGCUCUGUCAUCGGUUGCAUGCCAACACGAACUGUUCGGACUACAAGAUGCACAUAUUGGGGAGGUUCUUGUGGAGACCUACUGCGACGGGCCAGAAGUAGAUGUCAACUUUGUCCUCUGGGGUGGCGACGUGCUAUUCUCAGAAGUGUCCGACAACUUCCCGUGCAGCGGCGACGAUGUCGUUACCGAAUCUACAACGGAGCAAUUCAUCGAGACUGGCUCAGUCUGGCCGUCAGGUCUGCCAAGUGACGAAACAAGGAUGCUUCAAACAGAGCUGCUCGCAGUUGUGAAACAACUUGGCUUUGACAGCGGCGUUUUCCACGUAGAAGCCAGGGUGCAACACUCAGACGCGAAAUGGUACAGAGAUAAGGAUAAUGUGCGUGACCUGCUGCUUGGGAUGAGAACUGAAGACAGUCUACGUCCACGUCCUUUUCUACUGGAGAUAAAUCCGCGGCCGCCAGGACACUCAGACUUGAUGGGUUCCGCGUAUGUUAACGGCGUGGACUACUAUGCGCUUCAUAUCAUGCAGGUCAUCGGCGACGAAUUCAGGUUCCGCAGCUUGGCUCAUGGGUUCCGAAAUGGAUCACAAUUCCACUAUGCCACGACGCCGCUGCCACUGCAUUCGUCGACCGGAGGGUUGAUGCCGCAUGACGUGGACCUAUUCAGUGCCGGGCUUGCCGAUCAUACCGUCAUGUUUCGUCCUUUCUUCAGGGCAGGGGACAGAAUUCCAAAUCCUAUAGACCUUAGGUACCCAUGGUUUGGUCUUAUAAUGCUGUGCUCAAGGAAGAGUCGUCGACAUCUGCUGGAGAUAGUUGCUACGGCCUACAACCGAGGCCUCAUAAAGCUUGGCCCAUCGUGA